AUGAUUGACAUGCCCAAAGACUUUUUUCUUGUUCAAUUCACGGAGGAGGAGGAUUAUAGACAUGCCCUGUAUGAUGGUCCUUGGAUGAUUGCUGAUCAUUACAUUUUGGUUCAGCAGUGGAGACCUUUCUUCACUCUAACAGCAAAUAAAACCAAAAAGGUUGCAGCUUGGAUAAGGAUCCCUGGACUGCCCAUUGAACUUUAUAAUGAUCGCUUUCUUUGGAGGGUGGGAAACAAGUUGGGGACAAUGCUAAAGAUUGAUAAAUUAACCUCUAUUCAUUCUCGGAGUAAAUUUACUAGAAUCUGCAUUAAAGUUAAUCUCAAUAGGAGGCUAGUUUCAAUGAUAAAUGUUUUGGGGCACAUUAUAAAAUUAGAAUAUGAAGGCCUUCACUCGGUCUAUUUCAAUUGUGGCAAGUAUGGGCAUAGACAAGAUCAGUGUGACGUUGUGGUAGGUCCAAUGAAGACUACGACCAAUGAGGCUUCCAAGAAGGAUUCAGGAAACAUGGAGGUAGAUGCGGGUGAGAGCCAUGCAACAUUGAAUGAAACCCAACCUAGGGUUACGCACAAGCCCGUAUCUGAACAAGAAAAUCUUGCGGUUACUACGCAAUCUGAACAAGAUUCCGAUAAUCUUUAUGGGCCUUGGAUGCUAGUUAAAUGGGGAAAGAAAUAUGGCAAGUUUUGA